AUGCGUAGUAUGACAUUGUUUAUUUUAUUUGUAUCUAUAAUUGCUUUACUUUUUUUAUUAAUUAAUCUAGUAUUUGCUCCUCACAUUCCUUAUCAAGAAAAAAAUUCAGAGUUUGAGUGUGGAUUCCAUUCUUUUCAUCAAACUAGAUUCCCUUUCGAUUCACCUAUAGCUGCACAGGCGAUAUGUUUUGUAAUUCUGGACAUUGAAUUAUUUACCAUGUACCCUUAUGUAGGAAGUUUAGGUAUAAAUACUCUCUAUAGUCUAGUGGUUAUUCUAGGUUUUAUGUUUGUUAUAUCAGCAGGAUUUGUAUUUGAAUUGGGAAAAGGUGCUUUAAAAAUAGAUUCAAAAACAAAAUAUGGGUGGUGAUUCUCUAGAGAAAAAUUUAAAAGAUAUAUCUUCUUUAAAUUUAUGUCCUCCAUCAGCGUUCAAAAAUUAAAAUCUCGCUACCCCUCGCUCCCCCUUCCCCACCCCCCCCUGCAGUACUGCAGGGUGGGGGACCCUGCAGUACUGCAGGGGCAGGUUUGCGGGGGGGGGAGGGGGAAGGGAGACGCCUUGCGGCUCUAUAGCUGUAAUCUAUAUAUAUACAUAUACAUAUAUAUAUUUAUAGAAAAUGUAAAUUAA